AUGAAAGGAGAGGACACAAUGAUUAAACCAGCUGAAGCUCGUCAAAAACUCUUCUGGCAGUUACCCUUACCUGCUACUCUAGCAGAAAUACCUGACCUUUUAGAGAAGCGUGACCUCAUCCAAAGCAAUAAAUGGGUCAUCAAAGAGGACCUUCCUGGAGAAGACGACGAAAUGCCUUCCUUCAGAUAUAGACCAAAUGGCCGGAUGAGGACCAACUGCAGCCAGUGUGAGAAAAACCUAACUCUACAGACAUCUGUGAAAGUGUUGUAUGUCUUUGUUGUCUUGCUGGUAAUGGCAGUGGUGGUGCUGGCAGCUUUAGAUCAGAAAUCAAUGGACAACUGCUCUUUGUGUCAUGACACAGGGCAACUUGGACAGGAGAUUAGCAAAUUGCAAAAAGAGCUGGAGGAGAUUCAGAAGAAGCUCUUGGCCCAGGAUGUAUUACUUGAUCGUGCUGGACAAGCCCAUCAGCAGCUUUCAUCUUCCAGCAGCAAGAUAACUGAUGAAGUGGAUAGAUGUUUCUCUGCUGUUCAGCAGGCCAACCAGAGUUUGAGCCUCUUUCUGGCUCAAGUGAUGGGCUGGCAGGCUGCCACUUCUCAGUUAGGCAGCUCACUCAAGGAGCUAACACAAGAACAUUUUGAUGUUGAAAUUGCUAUGCAGCAGAUAAACUUUACCAGUAAGCAGACCUCAGACUGGAUCCAGAUCAUCCAAAGAAAGACAAAUGAGGAGACCCUGACACUACAGAAGAUUGUGACUGAGUGGCAGAACUACACCCGCCUGUUUGGCAGCUUGAGGGCCACCUCUUCCAAAACAGCUGACCUGGUCAAGAAUGUUCAAACUAAUUUAGGUAUUGCCUCGCAAAGGAUCAGCCAGAACUCAGAGAGUAUGCAUGAACUCAUACUCCAAGUAACAAGUUUACAGUUGCAGCUGGACAAUAUCUCCUCUUUCUUGGAUGACCAUGAGGAGAACAUGCAUGACUUUCAGUACCAUACUCAAUACAUGCAAAACCGGACAGCUGAGCACUUUCAGACCUUAGAAGGCCGUAUGUCAUCCCAUGAGAUUGAGAUCAGCACAAUCUUUACCAACAUCAAUGCCACUGAUAACCAUGUCCACAGCAUGCUCAAGUACUUGGAUGAUGUGCGACUCUCUUGCACACUGGGCUUCCACACACAUGCUGAAGAGCUUUACUACCUGAACAAAUCAGUCAGCCUCAUGAUAAGCACCACAGAUCUUCUGCGAGAACAUUUUAGCCUGCUCAAUGCCCGGUUAAACUUUAACAUUCGCAACCUUUCAAUGGUCAUGGAAGAGAUGAAAGCUGUUGAUAUCCAUCAUGGGGAGAUCCUGAGGAACAUCACCAUUAUACAAGGUGUUCCUGGCCCUCCUGGCCCCAGGGGAUUCAGAGGAGAUCUUGGCAUUAAAGGGCCACCUGGAAGCAGAGGAGUAAAGGGUGACAUGGGGAGUCUGGGCCCUCCUGGGCCAAAAGGCUCCUUGGGCCCUCCCGGACCUCCUGGACCUCAAGGCGAGAGAGGCACUGUGGGCACAAAAGGCCCCACUGGAUUCAAAGGAAGCAAGGGUAGCUUUGGACAAGGGGGUUCCAAGGGGCGGACAGGCCCCAAAGGGGACCCUGGAUCUCCAGGGCCUGAGGGGGCCAUUGGUCCACCUGGCCCACCUGGCCCACAGGGGAAACCAGGCAUCCCAGGCAAACUCGGGCCCCCUGGUCCUUUAGGGCCGAAGGGCCGAAAAGGGGAUCCUGGUUUACGAGGUUUACGUGGAUUUCCAGGCCCUCCAGGAAUGUAAACACUCCCU